CCCACAUUCUCUCCCUCUCUUCCUCAGAGCACCAGAGACACAGACGAAGUCCAAACUUUUCCCCAAUUAUCUUCACCAAUCCAAAACCCUAAACCCAAUACCAGAAAUUGAGAAAAAUUCCACAGACCAUGAUCAAUAUUAAACACACCGAAACGACGUCGUCUUCUUCAAUCGUCACGGCGGAGAAGGCAAUCUCAUUCAUUUCAAAGGGCUGGCGGGAUGUCCGGUCAUCGGCCGACGCCGAUCUCCGAUUGAUGAAAGACCGUGCCAAGUCGUUCAAGAACUUAGCCUCCUCCUUUGAUAAAGAGCUCGAGAACUUUCUAAAUUCAGCUUCUAAAUCCCCUUUCACGGUCCCCACAAUUACCGCCUCUACCACUCCCGCCGAAAUCGACUUCGUCAAGAGGCUACAGCCGAAAUUGAACGAAAUUCGGAAGACUUAUUCGUCACCGGAUUUUAGUAAACGAGUUUUGGAGAAGUGGAGCCCUCGGCCGAGGAUAAGGAUCGAUUUGAGUGCGAUUAAGAAUGCAAUAGUGUCCGAAGUGGAGGUGUUUGAUGAGAGAGAAGGAUUUAGGAGGGCGAGAGCGAGGAGGAUAAGGUUUAAGGAGGGGAGAGAGGAAGGGCAGUUUGGGGAAUGGGAACUGAUAAAGGUCUUGAAGACUAGGUUGAGGGAGUUGGAGCAAAAGAGCUCGUCGGCUGAGAUAUUUGGGGGUUUUAAGAACAGUGAGUUCGUGGAGAAAGUGAAGUCCAGUUUGAAAUCAAUUUGCAAGGAUCCAAGUGAGUCAAAGGAAGUUCCACCACUGGAUGUACCUGAACUUUUGGCAUAUUUUGUUAGGCAGUCCGGACCACUUUUGGAUCAACUUGGCCUUAGAAGAGAUUUAUCUGACAAGAUAGUAGAAAACUUGUGCGGCAAAAGAAAGAACCAACUUCUAUCACGUUCCCUACCUGCAGGAGAGUCAUCCAUUAGCCAAAGCGAAAAUAUUAGUGAUGAACUAGAUUUAAGGAUAGCAAGUGUCUUUCAAAGUACAGGGCAUUGUUAUGAGGGUGGCUUUUGGACUGACUGUGCAAAGCAUGACCUGUCAGACAGGGAGAGGCAUGUAGCCAUCGUGACAACAGCUAGUCUUCCUUGGAUGACGGGAACUGCUGUAAAUCCGCUGUUUCGAGCGGCAUAUUUAGCGAAGUCGGCAAAGCAAAAUGUCACACUGUUGGUUCCGUGGCUUUGUAGAUCGGACCAAGAGCUAGUUUAUCCGAACAAUCUCACUUUCGCCUCACCAGAAGAGCAGGAGGCUUACAUACGGAAUUGGCUCGAGGAAAGGGUUGGGUUUAAAGCUGAUUUCAAAAUCUCAUUCUAUCCAGGAAAGUUUCAAAGGGAAAGGCGAAGUAUACUACCUGCUGGAGAUACUUCUCAGUUUAUUCCGUCGAAGGAGGCUGACAUCGCUAUCCUGGAAGAACCAGAACAUCUGAACUGGUACCAUCAUGGUAAACGCUGGACUGAUAAAUUUAACCAUGUUGUUGGUGUUGUUCACACAAAUUACUUGGAAUAUAUCAAGAGGGAGAAGAAUGGUGCCCUCCAAGCUUUCUUUGUGAAGCACAUAAACAAUUUGGUUACAAGAGCACACUGCCACAAGGUUCUUCGCCUAUCUGCCGCUACCCAAGAUUUGCCCAAGUCUGAAAUUUGUAAUGUUCAUGGUGUGAAUCCGAAGUUUCUGAAAAUUGGGGAAAAAAUGGCUGCAGAAAGGGAGCGUGGGAAGCAAUCCUUUUCAAAAGGAGCAUAUUUCCUAGGCAAGAUGGUUUGGGCAAAGGGUUACAGGGAGCUGAUAGAUUUGUUAGUGAAGCACAAAAAAGACCUUGACGGAUUCAAUUUGGAUGUGUUUGGGAAUGGAGAGGAUGCUCAUGAAGUUCAGAGCACAGCUAAAAGGUUGGAUCUGAAUCUCAACUUCAUGAAAGGCAGAGACCAUGCAGAUGAUAUUCUUCAUGGUUACAAAGUCUUCAUAAAUCCCAGUGUCAGUGAUGUGCUCUGCACAGCCACAGCUGAGGCUCUUGCAAUGGGGAAAUUUGUUGUUUGCGCAGACCACCCAUCAAAUGAGUUCUUCAGGUCAUUCCCCAAUUGUUUGACUUACAAGACACCUGAAGACUUUGUUGCAAAAGUGAGAGAAGCAAUGGCGAGUGAGCCUCAGCCUCUCACUCCUGAGCAAAGAUAUAACCUUUCAUGGGAAGCUGCCACACAGAGAUUCAUUGAGCAUUCUGAGCUUGACAGGAUUUUAAAUGGUGAUGGAGGUGAUUCACAACGGAGAAAAACAAAGGGGAACAUCUCCAAUUCAGUCUCGAUGCCAAAUUUAUCCGAGAUGGUUGAUGGAGGGUUGGCAUUUGCUCACUACUGUUUCACUGGCAAUGAGUUCCUUAGAUUGUGUACAGGGGCAGUACCUGGGACACGGUACUAUAACCAACAGCAUUGUAAAGAUCUCCAUCUUUUGCCUCCACAGGUAGAGAAUCCAAUUUAUGGCUGGUAGUAGAUAGAUUACUAACAUGUAUAUCAUGUAUUCCUUCCUGCAUAUUAUAUACGUGAUAUAACAUGGAGCUUGUCGUGCUUGCUAGUGUAGAAUCAUUUUGUUGUUUUUAAGAAAUUACCAUAUAACAUAUAGCGCUGUGUGUGUGUGUGUGUGCGCGUGUGUUAGGACCCACAACCAGAACAGCUAUUGGCCCUUUCAUUGUAGUUCUCAUUCAUUUGUCUAUUUUUCUGUGUGAUGUCAAGGUAAAUGUUCGAAAAUUAUUUGUUUGAUGUCAAUAUUACUGUGGAGGAUAAGGUUGCG